UUUGUUUUAAUUUCCCUUUAUUUUUAUUUCUUUUUUUCUGGGGACUUAACCUGACUGAAAUGCAAUUGGUUUUUUGGUUGGUCAAGCAGAGGAAUCAGAAAAUGACUGAAGAAUACCCAAACAGCCACUUUAAAAAAGCAAGGAAGAGAAACACUCCCUCUUUAUGAGCUAUUUGUAACAAAAACAAAUGCUGCAGCUCACCACUGCAGUUUUGGUCCAGAAUCCUCAUAAGUGUUUUUGAUUCCUUGGUGAAAGUAGUAGAAUUAGGCAGCAAAAUACCUUCAGGGAUCUGAUUCAAAGUGUCUAGUUACACCUCAGUACUGAGAGGCAAAUACAUAAAAGUUUCUUUUCUUUCUUCAGUAAUGAAGUUGUUUGCUUUCAGCAAUUAAAAUACUGAGCAGUUUGUUUUCUAUCAGUUUAUCUUAGCAUAUGGAGUGUGUUUAUCUUAGCAUAUACCUACAAAGCAAGAGCCUCAUCAUCUCUUUCUUUCCUCUUGAGGUCAUGAAACGCGUACGCGCAGAACAGAUUCAGAUGGCAGUGUCCUGCUACCUCAAGCGCCGUCAGUACGUGGACUCAGAAGGUCCCCUAAAACAAGGGCUGAGGCUGUGUCAGACUGCUGAAGAGAUGGCAGCUAAUCUCACAGUCCAAUCUGAAUCUGGUUGUGCCAACGUGGUGUCUGCAGCUCCCUGCCUGGCGGAGCCACAGCAAUAUGAAGUACAAUUUGGACGAUUACGCAAUUUUCUCACAGAUUCAGAUUCUCAGCACAGCCAUGAAGUGAUGCCUCUUCUGUAUCCCCUCUUCGUCUACCUCCAUCUGAACAUGGUCCAGAAUGGCCUAAAAAGCACAGUGGACAGUUUUUACAGCCGCUUCCAUGGCAUGUUCUUGCAGAAUGCCAGCCAGAAGGAUAUCAUUGAGCAGUUGCAGACUACCAUGACUAUUCAAGAUAUCCUGUCCAACUUGAAGCUCCGGGCUUUUCUGGACAACAAGUACGUCAUCCGCCUUCAAGAGGACAGCUACAACUACCUUCUUCGCUACCUCCAAAGUGACAACAACAAUGCCCUGUGCAAAGUCCUGACCUUGCACAUUCACCUGGAUGUGCAGCCCGCCAAGAGGACUGACUACCAGCUCUAUGCUGGCGGGAGCUCCUCACGCAACGAGAGCAAUGGUCUGGAACCCAGUGACGUGCCAGCUUCCAUUCUGCAGAACGAGGCGGCGCUGGAUUUACUGCAGGACAGCAUCAAACGUGUCAAGGAUGGGCCCCCUUCCUUAACAACCAUCUGUUUCUAUGCCUUCUACAAUACAGAGCAGUUGCUGAACACUGCAGAGAUUUCACCAAAUAGCAAGCUGCUGGCUGCUGGGUUCGAUAAUUCGUGUGUGAAGCUGUGGAGCCUGCGUUCCAGGAAGCUAAAAUCUGAGCCCCACCUCGUUGAUGUGUCCCGCAUCCGUCUGGCUUGUGACAUCUUGGAUGAGGAGGAGGAAGAGGACGACAGCGCAGGCACAGAAAUGAAGAUCCUGAGAGGACACUGUGGACCUGUGUAUAGCACGAGGUUUCUUUCCGACAGUUCAGGACUCUUAUCUUGUUCUGAGGACAUGUCCAUCAGAUACUGGGACCUGGGAAGUUUUACAAACACUGUGCUGUACCAAGGACAUGCCUAUCCUGUCUGGGACUUGGAUAUCAGCCCCUGCAGCCUGUACUUUGCCAGUGGUUCCCACGAUCGCACUGCAAGGCUCUGGUCAUUUGAUCGGACGUACCCGCUGCGGAUAUACGCAGGCCACUUGGCGGAUGUAGACUGCGUCAAGUUCCACCCCAAUUCCAACUACUUAGCGACAGGCUCCACGGAUAAAACUGUGCGCUUGUGGAGCACUCAGCAAGGCAACUCAGUGCGCCUCUUCACCGGGCACCGUGGCCCCGUGUUAGCGCUCGCCUUUUCUCCCAACGGUAAGUACCUGGCAUCAGCAGGUGAAGACCAGCGGCUCAAGCUGUGGGACCUGGCGUCAGGAACUCUUUACAAAGAACUGAGGGGGCACACGGACAACAUAACCAGCCUUACUUUUAGCCCCGACAGUAGUUUAAUUGCUUCAGCAUCGAUGGACAACUCAGUCCGGGUCUGGGACAUUCGGAACACUUACUGCAACGCCCCUGCAGAUGGGUCUUCCAGUGAACUGGUUGGUGUAUAUACCGGACAGAUGAAUAAUGUACUGAGCGUACAGUUUAUGGCCUGUAAUCUUCUUCUAGUGACUGGAAUUGCACAAGAAAAUCAGGAACAUUAAUUUUUCUUUUCUUUCUUAGGGAAGUGGGUGGGUGUAUUGAAUGCCAGAGUCCAUUGGAAGCUGAGAUUACUGACUGUGAAACACUUUUCUUCCUCUGCCCCCUUGAAAGGCACGUUCAUGCAAAUGCUUUAAAAUGCCUUGCCCACAAAAAGGCCUGUGCUGUCUAAUGGAAUAAGGCAAAAAGGAGGAGGGAUGAAAAUAAUGUAUACAUUCUAAUCUUGUACUGGUAAGGACGGGGAAAAGGGCAGUAAAUCCAGUAGCUUGGGGAAAACAAAAGCCUAGUCCAGACAAGUGAAACCGCCAACCAGAUAAGCUGCUGACCUGCACUGAAACAUCCUGCAUUGAUUGAUGGGCACAUCUACCUACUGUUAACUGAGGCUUGAGUGGAGAACUACUGGCCCAGUGUUUUUUCUUUUGCUUUCCUUUUCCUGGUAUUGCAGAGGACCAUCAUUUUAAGACCCUUCUAUUAAAAGAACAUUGUGUAUUUUCUACAGUGGUAGUGCUAAAUAUUACAGCUUCCUAUAGCACUUCUGGAAUAUUUUGGACUAGCUAAGUAGAAAAUACCAUCUUUCUUUUUAGUAAGGGAGCAGAAAUCUGACCUCAGUUGGGGCCCAUCUCUGCAUUGUCAUUUGGGUUUGGUUCCUGGUACUAGCUGUGAUGUAUUUAUGUUCCAUUAAUUAGGAAUCUUUCUGAAUCUGGUUGCACUGUGUUUUGAGGAUGGGAGGACAGUGGAGGUAGACUGGUGGCUUUAAGGGUAAGAAACAGCUUGCCUUGUCUGGAGGAAGGGCACAACAGAACUGAAGCGACUGAGCUUGGACUCCUAAUGGAAACAGGGCAUGUCAAUCCACCACUGCACCUCAGAAAUAUUUCCGUAAAUGGAAGUUGGCAGUCCAGGGAGAGGGGAACAGGGAGAGAGACACACAAAGUGACAUGGGAAAAAAUAGUAUUACUAAAUUAUUGUGUCUACACAGAGGCAGCUCUGCCAGUGUUGGAUUUUUCUCAAAAUGUGGCAAUAUCAGUUUCAUGAACACUUUGUGAGAUAAAUCAUCAGCAUUUACAACAAGGAUCUGCGGAAAAAGCACGUUCUAGUUUGUCAUUUUGAGAGAUUAAAUAUUUCUGCUUUCUGGAAA